AUGCAGGUGGGAGAGGAGGUGGCUUCGCUCACAAAAAUAGCAUGCCCGGUCGUUAUGACGUCCCUCCUCAUCUUCUCAAGAUCAAUAAUCUCAAUGUGGUUCCUUAGUCACCUCGGAGAAGUCGAGCUCGCUGGCGGUGCACUCGCCAUGGGCUUCGGUAACAUCACCGGAGUCUCCGUACUCAAAGGUCUUUCCGUUGGUAUGGACCCAAUCUGCGGUCAAGCCUUUGGAGCCAAACGCUGGACCGUACUUAGCCACACGUUUCAGAAAAUGUUAUGUCUCCUAAUCGUCGUUUCUAUACCAAUCGCCGUUGCAUGGCUCAACAUCGAGCCCAUUUUCCUCAUGUUGGGACAGGACCCGGAUAUAACCCGAGUAUCCAAAACUUACAUGGUCUUCUUCAUCCCUGAGCUAUUGGCUCAAGCCAUGCUACACCCGCUCCGAACGUUCCUCAGGACGCAAGGCUUAACGUCACCGUUGACGAUAUCUGCCAUCGUAUCCAUUCUUCUCCAUCCUCUAUUUAGUUACGUCUUCGUCAUGCGUAUGCGUUUAGGCGUUAAAGGUGUCGCCGUCGCGAUGGCUUUUAACACUAUGAACAUCAACGUGGGACUGCUCGUUUAUACGUUCUUUUCGGACUCUCUAAUCAAACCGUGGCAAGGGCUUGCGUUGCGGUCGCUUUUCCGCGGCUGGUGGCCGCUGCUUUCUCUAGCCGCACCAAGCGCCAUCUCGGUUUGUUUGGAGUAUUGGUGGUAUGAGAUCAUGCUUUUCCUUUGUGGGCUUCUGGGGAACCCUAAAGCAAGUGUGUCGGCCAUGGGGAUAUUGAUUCAGACGACGGGGAUACUCUACGUGGUUCCGUUCGCUAUAAGCAGCGCUAUUGCUACCCGUGUAGGGCACGCGCUUGGUGGAGGACAACCCACGCGAGCUCAAUGUACGACAGUCAUUGGUUUGAUACUCGCGGUAGCGUAUGGUUUAUCAGCUGCUACUUUUGUGACGGCGCUUAGGUCGGUUUGGGGAAAGAUGUUCACGGACGAACCAGAGAUUCUCGGGUUGAUUUCGUCUGCACUUCCGAUAUUGGGGCUUUGCGAGAUCGGGAACUCGCCACAGACGGCUGCUUGUGGGGUGUUGACGGGCACAGCGAGGCCUAAAGAUGGAGUACGCGUUAACCUCUGCGCGUUCUACAUCGUGGGCUUGCCUGUGGCAGUCGCGACCACGUUUGGGUUUAAAGUUGGGUUUUGUGGGCUAUGGUAUGGACUUCUGACUGCGCAGAUUACAUGUUUGGUUAUGAUGCUUUGUACAUUGAUUCGUACUGACUGGACCCACCAGGUGAAGCGAGCGGAGGAACUUACCUCAUCUGCCACCGACAGAAGUCAUUCGGAAGAAGAAGCCAUCCAUAUUGAUGAUGAUGUUGGUAGCAAUGAUCUGGAGAUUGGUUUAUUACAAUAA